UUCGGGCAGCGAGUCUUUGUGCUCAGCUUUUUAUUUGCCAUUGCUGAGCGGUGGUAAGCAAGGCUGUAUUUUUUAUAUCCGUUCAAAAUGGGACACGAAUGAAUGCCAUUUGCACGGAUAUAUUUUAUUCUGUGUCGCGCGGAGAGUGAUAGCUUUCGACAAUCUCUUGAAAUCAUCAAAUAACAAGGGAGCAAUGCGCGAGUACAAAGUGGUGGUCCUUGGCAGCGGUGGGGUCGGGAAAUCCGCCCUCACUGUUCAGUUUGUGACCGGGACGUUUAUUGAGAAGUACGACCCGACCAUAGAAGAUUUUUACCGCAAAGAAAUCGAGGUGGAUUCCUCACCCUCUGUCCUGGAGAUUCUUGACACUGCUGGUACCGAACAGUUCGCAUCCAUGCGGGACCUUUACAUAAAAAAUGGCCAAGGCUUCAUACUGGUCUACAGUCUUGUCAACCAGCAGAGCUUCCAAGACAUCAAACCCAUGAGGGACCAGAUCAUCAGAGUGAAAAGGUACGAGAAAGUCCCAGUGAUCCUGGUGGGGAACAAGGUGGACCUGGAGAGUGAGAGGGAGGUGUCGGCCAGCGAGGGCCAGGCUCUGGCCGAGGAGUGGGGCUGCCCCUUUAUGGAGACCUCGGCCAAGAGCAAAACCAUGGUGGACGAACUGUUCGCUGAGAUAGUUCGGCAGAUGGACUACGCCGCCCAGCCAGACAAGGAUGACCCAUGCUGCUCCUCCUGCAAUAUACAAUAGCCCCAGAGCCUAGGGGACGCCAGGGGGACAGGGGAGAGAGGAAGUCUGCAUACACCAAGAUACUGUACACCGAGAGGAGGAUUAUACUCACACCAACAACAUGGAUGAUUAAUAAACUCAUGGUAGAACUGUGGUGGAUUUUAACUCAUUGGUGCAUAAAAUCAGUCAUGAUGUAAUUGAUAAUAAUGAUAUGUUAAUAAUUAAUAGAAUGAAAUGAGGAAUGCAAAGGAUUUGCGCAAGAGAAACUGACAAACCGGACUAAAGAAAAGCGCACUCGCCUUAUGUUAUCCUGUUUUCUCUGGCGGAGAAAAAAAAUAUGUCUUGAGUCGUCCGUGCAGAAUUACAGGUUUUGUAGUCUUUAUGUUUUCUGCGAUCGGCUUCGGUAAUGUUUAUUUGACAUUGUUUUGGUCUUGUUGAUAUGACCCAGUUUCUCUGAGCACAUCAAGCUGGAGCCUUCUUUCUCCAUUUUAAGUUACCAUGACAGCGCAGAGCGGCAGAUAGAGGGGAGGAGAUAAUCCCUCUGAUCAACUUGUUUGUAACAUUGAUGAGUAAUUGAUUUGCGUACUAAGUUUUCCUGUACAGAGAAAGAGAGGGCCUACCUACCUUCAUCCAAGGGGAUGUUUUUUGUUGUUGCACAUCACUAGGAUAGAACCAAAGAGGUGACUUGAAAGCACCUCAAUUUUUUCCCCUCUAAUUUCCUUUUUAGUUGUUUUGAGGAAUGGAAAGAAAAUGGUGGAAAAGUCAGUGUCAUUCUUGAAACAAUGUUGUCUUCUCCUUCCUAUUUUGUUUUGAUAAGUGUAGCAGAGGUGUCUGUCACAUAUCCUGUGAUUUGUUAUGGUUUCAGGAGGUUCUGACAACAGAUUCCUGAAUAUUGUAACAGUUUCAUUCGGAUGGGACAAGGAGGACUCCAUCUUUCAGUGUUUGAAUAUCUCAACAGACUCUUGUCUCUAGAAACGGUCUUCUUUUCAGGAAUGAAGAUGUCAUCACUCAUCAUUCUCUACAUUGUAUUUUUUUGGUUGGGUAUCACAAUUAAAUGGGAUGCGACGUUGUCUCAACAUCCCACUCUUUAUGUAUUCAGAGUAUUGAAAUUCAUAGUAGGCUAAUAGUGAUGAUGAUGAUGAUGAUGAUGAAUAACAAUUAUAAUUAACGGUAGUGUAAAUAUUUUGUAUGGAAAGUGCCAGCUCCUAGGAAGACACUGACUCAACACGUGGAAUUGUCAACUGUAUGCAUGGCUAGUAAAUUUAAAAAAGGACUUCAUCGUUUGAGAUUAUAAUAGACUGUGGAAACGUGCAAACCAAACACAUACACGUCUGGGUCUGGACACUGUCUCAACUGUAUGUCGUUGUUGCCACGGGGAACCAGACCUUCCCUGGUUACCAUUUUUCAUUGUUAAUUUUAUAUUUUUUUAUGUGACCAUUUACUCUUUCUCCCUCCCUAAAUGAAUGGUGACACUGUUUCAUUAGGCACCCAAACAAUAAAAGUGUGUUUAACACAAUAUA